UCCAACUCCCAAGCAAAGAAUCCAAAUCUUCUCCCUCCCUCUCUCUCUCUCUCUCUCUCUCUCUUUCCCCGCCUCCACCCUUCAUUCUUCCUCUGAUCUCUCCGCCAACAACAAGAUGGACAGACUCCGAAUCCUUGCUUCGAAUUCGGCGGGAACAUUGCUCGCUUUGGACGAGCUCUGGCCGGAAAGCGCCGGCGGCGGCUGGGCGACGGUGGUGGUGAUGCUCCUCGUGUCGUGGAAGCUCCUGCGGCUCUUCUUCUACUGCCGCCGCCCCGUGGCGAUCUCCGGAGCGUAUUUUAGAGGAGGUUCUUCCGCAAGGGUAUCCAACCUCAUCACCGAUGCUGAUCUGAGAGACUUGAUGAUUAGUUUGGAGGGGAAACCCAAACGGAACGAGAGAUGGGAAGAUCUGAUUGAUAAAACCAGUAAUCUUGUGUCCUAUAAAGCAAAGUUCUCCCGUCCAAAAGAUGGCCCAUUGAAGUUCUACAGCGUUACAACAUUCGAGAAAUGUUCUGCAGAGCUAUUAAGAGAUUUCUACAUGGACAAUCAGUACAGAAGAAAGUGGGACAACAUUGUGAUUCACCACGAGCAGCUGCAGGUAGAUGAAAAUAGUGGGACAGAAAUUGGACGUUGUAUUAAAAAGUUCCCUCUCCUGACACCAAAAGAAUAUAUAUUGGCAUGGCGCGUGUGGGAAGGAAAAGACAAAACCUUUUAUUGCUUUACCAAGGAUUGUGAGCAUCCUAUGUCUGUAAGACAAAAUAAAUAUGUUCGUGUUGGUUUUUUAAGAUCAGGUUGGCGCAUAAGAAAAGUUCCCGGUAGGGAUGCAUGUGAGAUGACACUGGUUCAUCAGGAGGAUGCCGGCAUCAAUAUUGAGAUGGUAAAACUGGGAUUUGCCAAGGGAGUAUGGAGCUAUGUGUCUAAGAUGAACAAUGCACUGCGUGAAUAUUCCUCCUGCAGUCCAAUUCACUUGACACCAGUCUCUACUCUUCAUCGACUUAUCAAAAAGAUCCCACCGGAGUUGGAGGCAAAUGCUGAGACAAGCGAGGAAGAAGUUCCAAAGAGAUCAAGCAGUGUCUCCGGCAGACGCAGUAGAGCGAACAUAUCACAGAAGAAGCCAUCGAGGUCUCCCAAGAGGUGGAUUCUAGCAAAUGGGCUUCUGCUUCUCGGUGGCAUCAUUUGCCUUUCGCGAGGCCGCCGCUCCACCACCAUCGGCACUCAGCUGGCCGUGCCAUGCAUCCUUAAGAAGCUUAUGAAGCAUGGAUCAGAAUCAAGCUAAGUUGAGACCUCCCAACUUGCACUGAAUCCAUUGUUUAUCCUUCAUGCAACCUCCAUGCUGUCAUCACAACUGCUCUUCUCUCCUCUGUUUCUACUAAAUUGUACAAAGCAA